AUGUCCAAGUACAAGAAAUUCGUUCUGAUCACUGGCGCCAAUCAGGGCGUCGGCUACGAAACGGCGAAGAACUUACUUCUAUCAUCUGUUGACUACCAUGUCAUUAUUGGUAGUCGAGACGAAGCCAAAGGGGAAGCGGCAGCGAGUGAACUUCGAUCGCUGGAACAAAUCAGAGGAACAGUCUCUAGCAUACAAAUCGAUGUGACGGACGAUAGAUCUGUCGAUUCUGCAGCUCUUCAUCUUACUUCGGAAUGGGGCCGAUUGGAUAUUCUAGUCAACAACGCUGGUAUCAUCUCUAUGGCCAGCCCCCCAACCCGCGAAGCAUUCCGCUCUGUUCUCGAAACCAACCUCAUUGGAGCACUCAGCGUCACUGAAUCCUUUCUUCCCCUUCUUCGAAAAGCAGAACAUAUGCCUCCCCGCCUCAUAUUUGUCACGUCAAGCACAGGUUCCAUCACUCAUGCUGCCAACCCGAAAUCACCAUACUACAGUGGGUAUGCUACUGAGUAUCGAAUUAGCAAAGCUGGUCUGACUAUGCUUAUGGCAAUGUAUUAUGCUCGACUCAAGCCGGAGGGCUUCUUGGUUUUUGGUGCGGAUCCAGGGCUAUGCGCGACUAACUUUACGCAUAACGCUGAAUCUCUUAGACAGCGUGGGGCGGCUGAACCAGGGGAUGGAGGUGAACGAAUAGCUUGUGUUAUUCGGGGCGAAAAAGAUGAAGCUGUUGGAAACGUAGUAGGAGUGCAUGGUGUCGUCCCGUGGUAG